GUUUACUUUUGUAUUGUAUGACUUUUGUACAAUUUUUUCUCCGUUUGUUUGGGUAAAAAUUUCUACAAAAAGAAUAAAUUUAAAUAAUCAGUUUGUAGCAUAGCUCUUAGGGAACGUACUUAAAAACAUGUUUUCUGAAGAUCACAACAGAUACUAUCUGCUGCAGCAGCAUCAAAGGCGGUCCUGUUUAAUAGAUAAGAAAACCUUACUUAUUUUAAUAUGUGUGAUACUACCUGUUACAUUAUUUUGUACUACUUACAUGAUAUUAUUUGGGAUCUAUGAAAAACUCAGCUAUCCGAAAUCAAGCAUUUAUGGGUUCAAUUCAGAUGAAAUGAUCCAUAAGAAUGUACACAGGGCUGUUUUGUAUAGCAAUUACAAAUACUCUCAGAACUAUUCUGAUAUUCCUGAUAACUCCUAUUUAGAUGAACACAGUAUUAAUGAAUUCAAAUUAAUAUGUUAUUAUAAUUUUCCGAGUGAUUCAAACGAUCUUCAAGUAAAGGAUAUUGAUCCGUUUUUGUGUACACAUAUAAAUGUUGCUUUUGGAACUGUUCAGAAUAAUAGUAUUUAUUUAGAUAGUGAUCAAAUAGGAUAUCUUCGUAAUAUUACUAAGCUGAAAGAAGUGAAUAAACAGUUAAAAAUAUUAUUGUCCAUUGGUGGUUCCGGAAAUGGAAAUGGUUAUCCUGAAAUGGUCAAAAAUCAUACAAACAGAAAAAUGUUUAUUCAAUCAAUAUUAAGUUAUGUGAAAUUGUAUAACUUAGAUGGUAUUGAUUUAGAUUGGGAGUUUCCGGUACAGUAUCCGAAUGGCGACAAAAAGCAAAAAAUGCAUUUUACACAAUUAUUAAUCGAAAUUAGAGAGAACAUAGCUAGACAAAAAAAAUAUGCAUAUCUAUUGACAUUAGCGGUUGCAGCCACGUCAACAAUUGCGGAUAUGUCUUACGACGUGUCAUACAUAAACGAUUACGUGGAUUAUAUAAAUCUCAUGUCGUACGAUUAUCAUUUUUACACAUCGCUAACUCCAUUUACUGGUAUAAAUGCCCCAUUAUAUUCGGGUUCAAACGAAAAGUAUUAUAUGGCCACAUUGAACAUUAAUUAUUCUAGUCACUAUUGGAAUUUUAUGGGAAUGGAUAAGAGUAAAAUUGUUAUUGGAUUGCCUACUUAUGGACAUAGCUACAGAUUACGAAACGCAAGAAACCACGACAUAUACGCACCGGCUUCCGGUUACGGCAAACUAGGCACAUACGGCUUUGCGUCUUACACAGAAAUCUGUAAUUUUCUGCAGACAAACCAUAUUACGCCAGUGUUUGAUAUGGAAAACUUCAGCCCAUACGCCUCUAAAUAUUACGAAUGGAUAUCCUUCGAGGACGAGCAAAGUCUAACCUACAAAGCCGAAUUUAUCAAGAACCACAAUUUCGGAGGUGCAAUGGUGUAUUGUUUAAACACGGACGAUUAUACAGGUAUCUGUAAAAUGGGAAAAAAUGGUGGUUCUAAUUUUCCUCUUAUUAAGACAAUUAAAAAUGUUUUGGGUGAUAAGGAACUAUAACGGUGACGGUGAUUGAACAGCAAAGUAAGAAAAAAACAUCUAAAUAAAAUAAAGUUGUAAAAUAACUACAAUUUGGGAAAACUAUGUAACCAAAGAAUAAUUGAAGUAACUUAAGAAAAUUAUAUUUUAUAUUAUACAGGGUGUGAAAAUACUAGUAUACCAAUCUCACUUUAUUCAAAUUCCUACUAGUUACCUGUCAAAAAUUUACUUACAUCACGAUUUCACCAAUACUAAAAUAUCUUGAAAACCUUUUACUGUGUUGAACUAAACGAAGAACAUCUUUCUUACGUAAAAAACUCCCAGCAUUUUAAUGUGAUCUUGAAAUUACUGUAUCCAUUAAGAUAUAGAUGAUAUAUUACUGUAUCGUUUCAGAACUGGUAAGGACUUUUACACUGAAGUUACACACUGGUACUAUUUUUUUUACUCUGUAUAAGUAUUAUCUAUCUCGAAUAUUAUUGUAGUAACCUAAAAGCGUUGUUUGAAAUAGUUAUAAACAUGGCUCAUGCAAUUCUGUACUGUGUUCUCUUUUUCUUAAAUUAACCUUAAUCCAUAUACAGAGAAGACCAGGCUACUAGUAACAUAGCAAGUUGCCGGACGAAUUUACGUUUACCCGUUUUGCGUUCGUACUCGAGAGUCA